GUGAAUACGCCACGCCGUGUGCGCGACACGCGCGCUCUCCUCCAAAAGUUAUUUCAGAUAAUUUCGGUCGUCCGGUAUAAAUAGACGCGAUGCUGUGACAGACAUGUUGGCUCUAACAUGAGUUGGGGUUAUGGCUCCGGCUUACGUACUGAUGCUGGUGUUGGCACUGGCUUUGGCGGCGCCAGACUGGACCGACUGUCCGAGAUCGUGCCGAUGCAAAUGGUCCUCCGGCAAGAAGACGGCCGUUUGUCUAAACGCCGGCAUCUCGGAGAUACCGCACCUGGACGAGGACAUACAAGUAUUGGAUUUGACGGGGAACUUCAUCCCCCAGCUCUCCGAUGCCGAGUUCGUGUCCAUCGGACUGAUCAACCUCCAGAGGAUUUUCCUCACCACGUCGGGUCUUAGGCAAGUGCAUCCUAACGCCUUCAAAGACCUAAUCAUUUUAGUUGAGGUAGACCUCUCCGGCAACCAAAUCUCCUACCUGGACCCCAAAACGUUCACGGGAAACGUACGUCUCAGAAUAUUAAUCCUGAGCCACAAUCCUCUGACGCAAUUGGCGGCGGAGCAGUUUCCGCCCCUACCACAUUUAAGAACCCUCGAAUUAGAAGGCUGUCAAUUAUCGACCAUCCACAAGAACGCCUUCAUUCAUCUCGUUAACUUGGAACUUCUGAAUCUCAACGGUAACCACCUGGAAAGUCUGUCCGAGCGUUCGUUCAUGAACUUUGCCCAUUUGAAGACUUUAAUAUUGGACGGUAACCCAUGGAAGUGCGACUGCGAGUUACGCGGCUUCCGCGACUGGUACUUGAGCGGCAGGCUGCAUUCCAUCCCCUUGACUUGUUCGGAGCCGCCGCAGGCCGAAGGUCGGGAAUGGAAGGACGUGAAAUCCGAGGAGUUCGCGUGUCCGCCACAAGUCUUUAUCUCGCCCCCGAACCAAGUGCAAGCAGAAGCUGGAGGGAAUGUAACGUUGGGAUGUAGAGUGACGGGUGAUCCAGAGCCGCAGGUGUCGUGGCAGUACGAGGGAUACGCGAUCAACCAUACGUGGCUGGUGAUAGAGGCGGAGGAAGGAUUAUUGGACAAGUGGGCUAAUAUAAGUGUGUACAACGUCAGCGACGUGGAUGUGGGGGUGUACACGUGCGUGGCCAAGAACGUCUUGCAAACGGUGUCGAACAACGUGACCUUGGUGCUGCCGGAGGUGAUGACCGCGAAGACGACCAGCAAAUCGGACCAGAGUUACUUUUGGUGGGGCGUUGUGAUAGGAUGUGUGGUUGUCGGGGUGACCGUUGUGGUAACGGUGGUGGCUGUGUGUUGUGCAAAGUACCGUACGCGACCGUCGAGAGAUAUAAAGGCGAGUGUCAGCUUCACGGAUCAAGAAAAGAAGCUGUUGGACGUGAGCAUCGCGACGACCACGGACCGCGGUACCGGAAGUAGCGAGGCGAUGGGCCCGGAAGUCGAGAUACUGGAUCCCCUGGUACAUUUCACAUUGGAACGGGAACCUAUACCGAUGUCGAUGUCGAUGCCGCUGCAUCACGCGGUCUUUCCGCCGCCGCCCGAGUUCUCCACCUGCGACCCGUUGCAGGACCAGUACGGGAACUUCUACAUUUCAGUGGCCGUGAGUCGAGACCCCAAUAUUAUAGAUGUGUCCCGGUGCCCUGACCUGUUAGAUUUACCCCACAGGCCCAAACAGAAAUACCACGGGAUGGCGACCCUGCCGCGGCGCCCGGCGCCGCCCGUCAAUUACGAUAAUAUGGGGCCGCGGGUGACGGCGGGCGGCAGCUCGACGCUCUCGCUGCCCGGCUCCUCGCAGGAGAUGGCGUUGCCGCCGCCGCCGCCGCCCCAACACUUGCACUGCGCCCCCGUUCUCACGCCGGAGUUCGUGUCUCUUUAAGGUCGAUUGAUGGAUGCAUGGAUGGAUGGAUGGAACACCUCCCCCCGUACACCCACCCCCCCUUGUGGUUAAUCUUCGAUUAGUGCCUUUUGCUCACAUCAUACCUAAUUGCGUUUUCUGUUCGGGAUUUUGCGCAGGUGAUGUACAUUAGUUUUUUCUCUUCUUCUUUCCCUUUUCCUGAUGGGGGUACACGAUUUUUUCCUGUGCAGGACCAUUCGACGUUUCUUCGUUUAAAAAAUGUGCCAAUUAAAUAUUGAACUAACGUACUUAACAAUUUUUUACUCUUUACUGAUUAAAAAAUAAUUUUUAAUAAUCUAAAAAAAUAUAUAUCGUCUUAAAACUUUUAAUUAACAUAAAUUUUUUA